CCCAAAACGUCACGAUUUUCAUUCAUCAACCAUCAUCGUCGCUGCAGCCAGGCAUUUACGGCUCGUUUGUGGUCCUCCUUCUCCAGGUGAAAAAUUCGCGUAGACGGCCCAGAGUCCGCGAAUUUCUCCAAAUUGCAUCCCGGAACAGGUUGCGUCCGAAGCUCUCUGUUGUGAACUCAGCCCAGCUCAGAAAGAUAAGAAGCAGUUUUGCGUGGGGUGUGACCAUCUUUUGAGGCGAUUCCGAUUAGUCACCAUGAGCGAGCGGCACACUUUUGGGGGUCAGCUGAACCCGAUCACCUGCCAUGCCUGGAACAAGGACCGUUCGCAGAUUGCCAUUUCGCCGAACAACAACGAGGUGCACAUCUACAAGCGCGAGGGUUCCGAGUGGAAGCUGCGGGACGUGCUGAACCAGCAUGACCUGCGCGUGAUGGGCAUCGACUGGGCGCCGAACACGAACCGGAUCGUGACCUGUGCCGUGGAUCGGAACGCUUACGUUUGGACCCAGGGAGACGAUGGCAAGUGGAAGCCGACGUUGGUGCUGUUGAGAAUCAAUCGUGCUGCGACGUGCGUCCGCUGGUCUCCGUUGGAGAACAAGUUUGCGGUGGGUUCCGGGGCGCGGUUGAUUUCCGUGUGUUACUUCGAGUCGGAGAACGAUUGGUGGGUGUCGAAGCACAUCAAGAAGCCGAUCCGUUCGACGGUGACUUCGCUGGAUUGGCAUCCGAACAAUAUGCUGCUGGUCGCUGGUUCGACCGAUUACAAGGUGCGGGUGUUUUCGGCUUUCAUCAAGGAUAUCGAGCAGCACCCGGAACCAACACCGUGGGGACCGAAGAAACCGCUCGGGCAGAUGUUGGCUGAGUUCAAGAACUCUACCAGCGGUGGCGGCUGGGUUCACAACGUGAGCUUCUCGGCGGACGGAAAUCGCAUCUGCUGGGUUGGCCACGACAGUGGAAUCAACAUUGCGGAGGCCAACAGCGGAAACGUGGCGAUUAAGAUUCGGACGGAGUAUCUUCCAUUUCUGUGCUGCGAGUGGAUCUCUCCGCAGUCGAUUCUGGUGGCUGGCCACAGCUGCGUGCCACUGAUCUACACGCUGGACGGAGGCAAGAUUGUGCUCGCGGCUAAGCUGGAUCAAUCCACCAAGAAGGAGCAGGGUGGCAUCUCGGCGAUGCGCAUUUUCCAAUCGCUGGACCGCAAUUCCCGUACCGAGAACUCGGACACCAACCUGGAGUCGAUCCACCAGAACGCCAUCACGAGCGUGUGCAUUUACGCCGGCAACAAAGGCAGCGCCCAGCGAAUCAGCUCGUCCGGUCUGGACGGCCAGCUGGUCAUCUGGGACCUUAACACGCUGACCCGGUCGAUGCAGGGACUACGCAUUUAAACGUGCACACGCACAACGAUGCAGUAUUGCCGCCAGCCGCAUAGGUUUUUCCUCUCUUGGUAUGUCUAGUUUCUGUUUGUUUCGUUCCGUGCCGCUCGCGAUGCAUUUGUUUCAUUCUUUUUAAGAGCAGUUUUGAUUUAUUGUGCAAACACCUUUCUAGAUAAGCCAAUUUCCCUACUCACAAGAAAAUGCCAACUAAUAAAUUCCAAUUUUACAUUCUACGAAAGGA